UACUCCGAGCAAUGCCCGCCCCUCAACCAUGUUCGAAGCCGGCCUUCCGAGCACCAUAUCGGCUCAGCCCCACUGAACUAGCUGACAUGAAAACACAUAACGAGUAUCUCCUCGCCAAAGGACUCAUCCAACCAUCCACUUCGCCAUACGGUGCCCCAUUGCUCUUCACACCGAAAUCGGAUGGAAGCCUGCGCAUGUGCAUCGAUUACCGAGCUCUCAACAUGCAGACCAUCAAGAACAAAUACCCGAUUCCACAAAUCGAUGACCUGCUUGACCAGCUUCGGGAGCCACGGUAUUUUCCAAACUGGAUCUGCAAUUCAGAUACGGGCACAUACGAAUGGCGGACAAUUCCAUCCACAAAACUGCCUUGUGAACUCGGUACGGGUCGUACGAGACACAUGACUUGGGAACCGAAGCACCAGGAAGCUAUGGAGCAGCUGAAAAAAACACUCACGUCCGCGCCCGUACUCAUCUUGCCAGACCCCGAACGCGACUACGUCAUCGAAGCUGACGCUAGUGACGAGGCAGUGGGAGCAGUCUUGAUGCAAGACCAUGGGAAUGGACAGCAACCAAUUGCCUACCUCAGCAAGAAACUAUACGGGGCUGAACUAAAUUACCCGAUACAUGACGAAGAGGCCCUUGCCAUCAUCAUCGCCUUCAAAAUAUGGAGAUGUUAUCUCGAAGGACGAAACACAACUGUCCAUACCGACCACUGCAGCCUGAAAUAUCUGAAGACACAACCAAACCUAUCCAGGCGGCAGGUCCAGUGGAUUGACUUCCUUGAGACACACUUCCACUAUGACAUCGUGUACAAGCCUGACCACAAAAGCAAAGCAGACGCGCUUAGCCGGCCUGCACACGUCGCCGCCAUCCAGAUCGAAGGGAUGAAUCCAUUACUCAAGGGACUCUUCACACACGGAAUUAAAAUGGGGGACAUAGCUCACAUUUCAGCGGCAAUUUUGACUAACACAUCCGGAGUUAGAGGAAUUACAAAAGCAGUUAGAUUACUUACUCAAGAAAAAUAUCUUCCGCCCGAGUUCAUCUUCCUUCGCCGCCCCCAUACUGUUCACCCCCAAGAAAGACAGCGGGUACCAAAUGUGCAUUUACUACAGAGCACUGAACAGGGUGACUAUCAAGUCACGUUACCCUAUCCCUCGCGGCAACGAACUGAUCGACCAACUUCGCAAAGCUCGCUUCAUCUCGAAAAUAGAUUUAUGAGAGGGGUCGUACUCUCACACCGGGAGCAGCAUUUAAAUGAUUUGGAAGCAGUUUUCUCUCUCUUGCAGGAGAACCGACUCAUCACCAAAGGCUCUAAAAGCAAGUUUCUAAAACACGAAUUGGAUUUUUUGGGUCACGUGAUUUCCAUCGACGGUCUUAAAAUCGACCCGAAGAAAAUCGCGACAUUCCAAGACUGGAAGCCGCCAACUAAUCUCCGGGAACUUCAGAGUUUCCUAGGGUUUAUUAAUUACGUCCGCCGUUUCAUUCCGAACAUGGCGGGGGUAACUUCCCCUCUCACGGAUCUCUUGAAGAAGGGCACAUUUUAUGAGUGGGGGGGAGAGCAGCAGGCUGCGUUCGAAAAGCUCAAACGUUUCCUGACUACACCGCCGGUUCUUCGGAUUGCAGAUCCUCACUAUCCAUUCGAGCUCAUUACCGACGCUAGCGAUCUGGCCUACAACCGAUAGCCUACGAGUCACAAAAGCUGA